AUGGCUUCCAUCCCGGGGCCCCGACGAUGGCUGGUCGCUGCGGUCCUGGCCCUCUCGCCGCUGGCGUCCCUAGCGGACAAGUCGGCUGCUGAGUACUUUGUUCGCAAUCUUCCCGGUGUCCCCGAGGACCAGGCGCCGGUCAAAAUGCACGCAGGACAUAUCGAAAUCACCCCCGAGUCCAACGGCAACCUCUUCUUCUGGCAUUUCCAGAACAAGCACAUUGCGAAUAAACAAAGAACGAUAAUCUGGGUCAAUGGUGGGCCGGGCUGCAGCUCUGAGGAUGGUGCGAUGAUGGAAAUCGGGCCGUACCGUCUCAAGGACACGAAUACGCUUGUUCCGAACAAUGGAUCGUGGAACGAAUUCGCCAAUCUACUAUUUGUCGACAACCCUGUCGGGACAGGAUUCAGCUAUGCCAACACCGACAGUUACGUGCACGAGCUCACCGAGAUGGCAAGACAGUUUGUCGUCUUUCUAGAAAAGUUCUUUGCCAUCUUUCCCGAGUAUUCUCGCGAUGACAUCUACAUCGCCGGAGAGUCCUAUGCCGGACAGUAUAUCCCCUACAUUUCUCGCGCCAUUCUCGACCGAAACAAGGAGAGACCUGAUAAAUGGAGUCUGCAGGGCAUUCUGCUCGGGAACCCAUGGAUGUCUCCCAACGAGCAGUAUGACUCGUAUCUAAAAUUCGCUUUCGAGAAGGGGUUGAUCGACAAAGACUCGAGCGAGGCCGAGAAACUCAAGGGCGCGCAACGUAACUGUCAUACAAUGAUGGCGAGCGACCCUGGCAAGGUAACCUACAGCGACUGCGAAGACAUCCUCACGGAGAUUCUUUUCGCAUCCCGAAAGGGCGGCGGCGGCAACGACGGGGAAUGUUUCAACAUGUACGACGUCCGUCUGAAGGACUCGUACCCCAGCUGCGGCAUGAACUGGCCUCCGGACCUAGCCUCCGUGGCCCCCUACCUCCGGCGCGACGACGUCGUCCAUGCGCUGAACAUCAACCCCGAGAAGAAGACCGGGUGGCAAGAGUGUAACGGCGGUGUCAGCGUGGCCUUCAAGCCCAAGACCUCGAAGCCCUCGGUCGAACUCAUGCCGCAGCUCCUGUCCGAGAUCCCGGUGCUGAUCUUCUCCGGUGCCGAGGACCUCAUCUGCAACCACAUCGGCACAGAGGACAUGAUUGACAAGCUGGAAUGGAACGGCGGCAAGGGCUUCGAGGUGACGCCCGGCAACUGGGCGCCGCGGCGCAACUGGACAUUUGAGGGCAAGGACGCCGGCUUCUGGCAGAGCGCGCGCAACCUCACCUACGUCGUGUUCCGCGAGGCCUCGCACAUGGUGCCCUUUGACUACCCGCGGCGCUCGCGCGACAUGGUCGACCGCUUCAUGGGCGUCGACAUCCGCAGCAUCGGCGGCUCCCCCGCUGACAGCCGCAUCGACGGCGAGAAGGGCCUUGAGACCACCGUCGGCGGCUCCGCCAACCCCAAGGCCAGCGAGGAGGCCGUCAAACAGAAGCUCAAGGAGGCCAAGUGGGCCGCCUACCGGCGCUCCGGCGAGGUCGUCCUCGUCUUCGUCGUCCUCGGCGCCCUCGGCUUCGUCUUCUUCGUCUGGCGCCAGCGGCGCAAGGGCGCCGCGUACAGCGCUCUCCGCUCCGAGGAGCCGAUGGCCUCGGCGCGCCGCCGCCAUGCCGAUGCGGGCGACAUCGAGGCGCAGGAGGAGGGCAUCGCCCUGCAGAGCAACAUCCUGCCCGCGGACAAGUACUCGGUAGGUGACGACAGCGACGACGAGGGGGCGGCGAGUCCGUCAAAGGGUAAGCAGGCAAGCAGGCCGCAUGAUGAGACGUGA